AUGGAAAAGUUAGAAAUCAUAAUAAUUAUUUAUAAAAUACAGUCUAUAAAAUUUAACAUGGAUUUCGUUCGGGAAUACAUUUUAUGUGAUACUGGGGUUAGAGAUGACGCUAUUGUAUGUUCUUCUAAAAUAAAAUUCUUAGAUCGUGAUGUAUAUCAUAGAAUGAGAUACUUAUAUGAUUUGUACGAUAAAUAUAAUGGCUUAAAAGAAUCUAGAGAAUAUGUUGAUGAUAAUACAUGUGAUAAACUUAGAAAUUUUGUUUCAAUUUUUAAUUAUAUGGCGAUUGAUCAUGGUACGAAUGACAGAGAAUUACUUAAUAGAUUAACAGAUCUUAGAAAAUUAAUUGAUAUGAAUAUAUUGUUGUCUAAUAAUACGUGUAACCCCAAGAUAAAUUUUUUUAAUUUACCAGAACCCAGUACAAAGGCUCAAAAAAAUCAAGAUCAAGCCCAUUUUCAAAGAAAUGGGCAACAAGAAACAUCAUCAAAAUCUCCAAAGAUAUCAUUAAGAACACAAGAAACAGUUCCAAUAUUAACAAAAGUAUCAGAAGUACCAAAAGUUGUAACAUCUUCAAGAGGAUCAGAAAAGGUAACAAACCUAAAGGAAUCACAUCAUACAGAAGAAUCAGUAUUUUUAAAACCAUUGGGAUCUGAAUGGGAAACAAUAAAUUAUAAUCCACGAUCUUCUCAUGGACAAGGACGUUCACAUGUGCAAAGACCUGAAGAGUCAUAUCCAAUGAUGGAAAAAGAAAAGGGACAUACUGAAGGAAGAAUGUAUCCAUCAAAUUCAACUUCUGAGGAAGGGGGAAAAUCAGGGAUAUUAGGUUCCAUUAGCGGCGCUUUAGGAGAAGUUGAUCCAGUGCCCGUUGUUGGUGUAUCUGGCGGUAUUAAAAAUUUGAAACUUUAUCUGUGUUCACAAUAA